UGUAUAGCUCUGGUAAAAACAGAUAUUUCAGCACCACCCUAUCUGAUAUUCGUAUGUUAAGACCUGAUGACAGAUCAUGAUGUUUAAUAUAUCUAUAUAUAUGAAUUAAAUUUGAAGCACUAGACGAGCGAAUUGAAGAAAAUAUGCUCAUCUCUGAAACAUAAUUCAAUGAACAAUUCCUAUUUAAUUACUUUGUCAGAGAAGUGAAAUAGACAUAAAUUCGUUUUUUUUUUUUUGGAACUCUGAUUUGGAGAAUCGGUCCGAAAGUUCUCUUAGACAUUUGGGCGAAGGAGAUGGCAACGUCAAGGAUUGGAUUGGCUCCUUGGUUCCACAAUAAGGUCAUCGAUCCUCUUCUCCAAAUCCUCCGCAGGGGUGCUGAGCCAAAGCAAUUGGCAUUCUCUACUGCUCUUGGCAUUACCAUGGGAGUAUUUCCUAUAUGUGGGGUGACUGUUUUUCUAUGUGGGAUGGCUAUUGCAUUGCUUGGAUCUCGUUGCCAUGCCCCAAGUGUAAUGCUGGCAAACUUUAUUGCAACUCCGAUAGAGUUGAGCCUGGUGGUACCGUUCUUACGCUUUGGUGAAAUUCUCUCUGGUGGGCCUCAAUUUCCCUUGACGGCUGAUGCUUUGAAGAAGGUUUUGACCGGCCAAGCCUCUUGGGAAGUCCUCUUAAGUGUAGCACAUGCGUUGCUGGGAUGGCUUGUAGCGGCACCCUUUAUCCUGGCAACCCUCUAUGUGAUUCUUCUUCCGUGUUUCAAGCUCUUGGUUCACAAGUUUAGCUCCAUUCCUUCAAGCCCAAAUAAACAACCUAAUUCACCCUCAAAUGUUAGGCUGAAGCCAAGGCCACACUUGGAUACAAACUAACGAAAGUAUGAAGUUGAUUCACGAUCAUGACAGCCAGGAAAAUGAUGCAUUUCUUUACAUUGCCCAGCAUUUUGGGAUGUACUCCUAUGUCGAAUCAUUUAUGUGGUUCCAAGUUGGACACAAGUUGAAGUUCACUUAUUAUGAAGUUCUUUUUUUCUCA